AUGACAAAUGCAUUCCGAUUGCAGUGCGAAGACGCUGAACGCGAUCGACAACCGGAUCCUAAAGCGGUUUCGAAAUGGGAGGAGGUGGUGAGGAAAGUGGCAUCUACGCUGAAGAGUGCAAAAUUGAAGCAUAGUUGUGAGUACAAAGAUUUGGAUUUUUGGUCAAAACGUGGAGUGACUCAUCCACUUGCGGAACAUGCUGUGGCUAUUGAGAAAACAACAUCAAGUGUUCCAAAAUACGAAUGGACGGCACCUAAGGAGGUCACCAUUCUCAGCGAAUCAGCAGUGAAUUUGUUAUGUUCGAACUGCUUUACCGUGAACAUUUUUAUUACAUUACCAGACAACUUGUUUGGGAAGCGGGAUUAUAUCAAUCUCAUAUAUCCGACGAAACGUGCCCAUUAUAUGUGCAGCGCGAUUGUGGCCCUUCGAAAGGCUUUCAGUGAUUUCACUGUGGCUUUUGUGCCAGGUUUUGCGGGAGACAAACUCUUCCCUAACGUUCAGAUCACUGAUGAUGUGUCGUUAGCUGGAAAGCUGAUGACAAAUGCAUUCCGACUGCAGUGCGAAGACGCUGAACGCGAUCGACAACCGGAUCCUAAAGCGGUUUCGAAAUGGGAGGAAGUGUACAAAGAUUUGGAUUUUUGGUCAAAACGUGGAGUGACUCAUCCACUUGCGGAACAUGCUGUGGCUAUUGAGAAAACAACAUCAAGUGUUCCAAAAUACGAAUGGACGGCACCUAAGGAGAACUUGUUUGGGAAGCGGGAUUAUAUCAAUCUCAUAUAUCCGACGAAACGUGCCCAUUAUAUGUGCAGCGCGAUUGUGGCCCUUCGAAAGGCUUUCAGUGAUUUCACUGUGGCUUUUGUGCCAGGUUUUGCGGGAGACAAACUCUUCCCUAACGUUCAGAUCACUGAUAAGACUGGCUCAGGACAAGUUCUGAUUCAUUUUGGUGCUGCCGAAUCUACACUAGCGAAAACUUCACGAUUUGCGCCGAAUGUCUCUAAUCUUCGAGCGUCGACAAUCUACGCGAGCGUUACGGAUAAGGAUGAAGAGCCUACACCGUUCUACAACCAAAGGGUUCUACGUACUGUACUUGAAUCGGCGGUGAUCCGAAGAGUAUCAGCAGAACUUCGGCAUAAGGAGACUGUAACUGCAGCCCUUGCCCUUGUGAAUCGAUGGUUUACUUGUCGUGGAUUUCAUGAAUUUGAUCCCGUCUUUUUGGCAUGUUUCAUGGCUAAACUAAUGGAGGGCAGUAUUGUAGCCAAACAGCAGGACCUGCUCACUGUGCUUCGGAAUUUCUUUGUAGCAAUAGUUAAUUGGGAUAUUUCCUCCCCUGCUGGAUUUCAUCCCGACGAUCUCGAAGAAGAUGUUAUUUCUGCACAUCUUGCAACUUUUCCAGUGGUUUUUCUUGAUCAAACGGGAUACUGGAAUAUAUCCAGUGGGAUUUCUAAGGAAUCACUCGUACUGGUAAAGACUGAUUUGAGCCGGUCACUAACCGUUCUAGGAGAUUGCCUUGCAUUUGACACGCUAUUCCUUGAGCGUCAUCAUUUCUUCUCAUCCUUUGACCACUAUUUCAGGCUGGUUUUGACGCCUGAAAAUCUGGCAUCACUCUUCAAAAGACCGGAUUUGCUUAUCGACACAGUGGACGAAGAUGAUCGCCUUGCAAGGUUCGUAGCCGGGCUCAUGAAGGCGAAAUUCAAGAGUGCCUUGUCGGACGUUUUUUCGACAAUAUUCGCUUGGAACCAAAGCGGCGCCACCUAUUUGAUUGGACUACGUGCUACAAGGGAGUGGACGAAUCCGUUAACCGUGGGUCCUGUUGCGACGGAUCCGGCAGCGAAAGAGUUCCGAGCGUUGUGGAAGGAGAAAACACAACUCAGGAAGUUUGCUGAUGCUAGAAUUUGCGAGUGCAUGGUGUGGGCAGAGGCUGCAUCGGAAGGUGUUCCUCGAUCGAUUCUUCAGUUCAUUCUCAUCAACCACUUCGGUCUGCCAGCCGGCUGUAUCUCAUGGCGGAGCGUCUUUCCGUCAGGAUUCUCUUCACCUAGAGAUGUAAAUACAAGGAUAAACAAAGCCUUUGCUGAUCUCAGUGCAAUUCUCAGAUCUGCGAAGGGCCUCCCGCUGAUGAUUACCAACAUUCACGGCAUCAGCUCGUAUCUAAGGGAUACAGAGCCCUAUGCUGCUGAAGUAAUAUGCAGAGCCGACCAAGGGCAAAUCGAGAAUGAACAUCGCCUGUUGGCACAGCGCGCGGUGCCUGCUUACAACGGAUCUGUUACAGGUCAGCUGCUGUAA